UAAGCACAAGUACUGCUCUUCUUGCAAAUAUUUUUCGUUACAUAUUAGGCUGGGCAGUGACCACUACUGACACAGUUGAAUCAAAUUGAAUGGGACAUGCAGAUAUUAUCCAAAUUAUCCAAAAAUGUCACACAUUGACUCCCCUAGAAGUCAUAGAACUAACUAUAAUGCAUAAUUGCCAAUGUGAUGGAACGCCCAUGGUUUCGUGGCAUUUCGUGGUGCCUUCUUCUGCCUUGGCUAGUGUCACCAUCUUCUCAUCGGUUGAUACAUCCAAAGGCGAGAGAACAAGAAGCCGGCGAUGAAUCCAAGAAGUAAUAAACAGACAAAAUUCUCAACUAUAUUAGCUCGAAUCCGCCGCAUCGAGCAAUCUCCCCCUCGCAUUGCCUCCUUCGAUCGAUCAAUCAACGGCGACAAUGUCGCACGGCGGCGGCGGCGGCCAGCCGUCGUGCGCCGCGGUGUCGCUUAGCAAGUACCUCCAACGCAAGCUCUGGAAGCGCAUCAAUGGUGGCAAGCCGAGGAGGAAGAGGAGGCCUGAGGUGCGGUCGGCGUCGGGCGGCGGCGAGGUCCCCGUGUCGGUGGAGCUGAUGACUACCAGCUCGUGGUCGUCGUCGACGGUGAGGUCGCCGGAGGCGGUGGUGCGGGUGGUGAUGCAGGGCGGGGUGGUGGAGGCGUACGGCGGGGUGGUGCUGGCGUGCACGGUGAUCCGGAAGCAUCCGCCGGGGCUCUGCCUCGCCUACCCCGACGUGUUCCGCAAUCCGCACGGCGCCCGCGCCCGCCCGCUCCAGCCGCUCUUCCCCGGCGAGAAGUUCUACCUCCUCCCGGAGCGCACCAUCGAGAGGCUCCAGCGCCAAAUCCCCGAGAGCUCCGUCGGCGCCUUCGACAACGCCGACGAGGAGGAGGAGGAGGAGGAGGACACGCAGGAUUACAGCAGCGGCGCGGCAUCGUCGUCGUCGGAGGAGGAGGCGGCGUGCGACGACGACGACGGCGACGAGUGCGCCGCGCGGAGGUGGUGCUGCGCGAGGGAGUACUUCGAGGCGAAGGAGCGGUGGGAGGAAUGCCAGUUCAAGAAGAUGGUGGCGCGGGGGCUCGCCGUCGAGCAGAACACCGAGAAGGAGACGGCGAUGAAGAAGAAGAAGAAGAAUGGGAGGAGGAGGAAGAAGAAGAGGAACUCCGCCGCCGUGCCGUCGACGGGGUGCAGGACGUCGAGAGCGCCGGCGACGACGAGGAGGACGUGGGAACCCAGCCUGCCGUCGGUGGAGGAGGAGAGGGAGAGCUCACCUCCAUCAGAGAGGGGUUGAUCAGAUUCAGAGACCUUCUCUUGCUCCAAAUGGUCACGUAUUGUUUUGUUUUUUUGGUUGAAUCAGCUUCGACUGCAUGUCUUGCACUCACUCCAAUUGAUCAGAGCAGAUACGAUUCAGGUCGUGUGUUGUGAAUUGUGUAGCCAAUUGCAAAGUAGAAUGGGUUGUCAAAUCGAAUCUUCUUCUUCUUUU